CGCCAAACAUAAAGACUAAACCAUAACAUUUUCACACCUCUGCUUUCUUCUUCAUUCAGUUUUCACCAUCUUCUUCACCAUGGCUGUUGAAGGCGGAGCUACACUUUCAGACCUGUAUAAUAGAUCCAGGCGGUUACUCUUGAAAACCAGAGAUGAUCUGGAGAAGCUCGAGCGCCUGUUCGCCGCCGUCGACUCGCCGGAGCUCUCAGUCUCCGUCCGCCGAGACAUUUCUCAGAUCCAAACCCUAUGUUCCGAGAUGGACGGCCUCUGGCGAUCUGUUGCGUCAAAACCGCAGCGUGAUCUCUGGAAGAGAAAAGUGGAGCAAGUAGCCGAAGAGGCUGAUUCGUUGAGAGUAAGUUUGGAUCGGUAUAUGCAGCGGCAACAGAAAAGGUUGCAAGAAGCACAAGAGAGGGCAGACUUACUUGGAAGAACUAAUGGCGAAUCGUCUCAUAUCUUGCGAAUUUUCGAUGAGGAAGCACAAGCAAUGGAGUCUGCGCGUAACUCUUCAAGAAUGUUGGAAGAGGCAACUGCAACUGGAACAGCCAUUCUUGCUAAAUAUUCUGAACAAAGAGAGCGCUUAAAGGGAGCUCAACGGAAAGCUUUGGAUGUACUCAACACACUGGGGCUAUCGAAUUCUGUAUUAAGGAUCAUUGAGAGGCGCAAUCGAGUUGAUCAAUGGAUUAAAUACGCAGGCAUGAUUCUUACAUUAAUCGUAGUAGUUGUUUUCUUAAGGUGGGUUCGGUGAUCUUUUUCUUAUUGUUAAUUGGAAAUAGUCUUUUGUUGUAUUUUGGGGUUAAUAUCGAAGUCGUUAUGGAGAUUUUGUUGUCCUUUAAUAUCGAAGUCGUUAAAGGGUAACGAACUUUGCUAACAUGGCAUCCAGUUGAGACUAUAUGUUAUGGUCAUUGAGUGACGGCUUUCA